AUGCCGGGCUUCGUGUCACCUGGUCCUCCCGUGAGGCUGUGCCUGCUGCUCGUGUGUCUCCUGGCCCUUGGGAACGCAGUGUCUGGGAAUAAAGAAGUUAAGAAAGAAAAAGAUAGAGCUUUCCUUGCUGCCACAGUGUCUGGCCUUAGAGGAAAAGGGAGAAAGGAAAAGGGGGUGGCAUUUCAUGCUACCACAAAGCUACCUGCAAGGUUGGUGGAUUUGUCCACCCUUAACCUGACAGAACUGGUGAAUGGCAUGCUGAGCAGAGCUUUAAAAGAUAGCAAGAAGUUCUUCUCCUUGCUGAGCAUCACUUCAUACAGUUCCUCUGCCUUCCACAAGUUUUCCGUGGCCAUUUACAAUAUUUCUAGCCUGAAGUCAGUGGACUCUGCCAAAUUCCCCACCAGAUACUGCUACUGUCUAAACGAUCGGACCAAUGACUUAUCAGAUUUCACAGCCCUCCUGGUGGACAUCAUCGGGAAUUCUACCAGCUACCUCACAGAAAUAUUCAAGUCAACCUCCAUCCUCUCAGUGACUCAGACCAAUGAAUCCGACUGCAUCUUCAUCUGUGUGAUGACAGGAAAGUCAGGAAGAAAUCUUUCUGACUUCUGGGAGAUGGUGGAGAAAUCCCCUGUUAUCAAUUACACAUAUACCAGCAACAUGUCUAGUGUUCUGGGUGAGUCUCCCAGGGGGACAGCCGUGACUUCACAGCCCGUGACCGCAAGCCAGACAAGACCACCAAGCACCAGCACCUCCCUCCGGGCCCAGAGCUGGGGAGCGCCUGCUCCGAGAACCUCUCCCUGGACGGGGCCCACGCCUUCUUCAGCGGGAGAGCAACCCCUGGGCACAGACAGACUCCCCCAGCCCCAUCCCCGGACCACGGGCACCCGGGGGUACACUGCGACCACCCCUCCACCUUGGGUCUCGGCAGUUUUACGUAAGAAUCAGGAUGGUCAAGCAUGUCAGUGCCAUGUUGACCGUCACUCUGAAUGUGCAGUUACCAGGAGAGUGUCCUCAGCUCCACGGGUGACAGCCAGCAGGCAGGCACCGGCUUCCACACGACCUCUGUCCUGGGCCCAGACUGUCAGUGAGAGGAAACCUGGAGGGCCUCCCUGGGGAUCACCCUCCUCAGCAACGACAUCUUCAGAAGCCAAGACGGCCACGGACACAAGGAACCUUCCAGGGUCUCCUGUCAGGACAGUGUCCACCCCUGGCAGCCCAGCCCAGCCCAGCCCGACUUCAGGAACAUACACCCCUGGCACGCAGACGCCGAGGCCAACCAAGGCACCAGCCCCCAAAUAUCCACAGACAGAUGACCUCCCUGCCGCAUGGCCUUUUGCCCCUCGGGAAGAGCCAGCUCUGGUCCCAGGACUCCAUCUAAGUUCAAGGUGUCCUCAGCCGCUGCUCCAUGAGGGGGCCAUGCCAGCCCCUCCUCUCAUCCUGGCCCUCCAGAAGCUCAACCCUUGCUUGAUGGAGCUGUGCCGCUUCUUCCAGCAGUGCCUCUGUGUGAGCCAGCAGAGGAAUCCCCGGGCGCUGGCCAUGAGGUACUGUCUGGAAUACUAUUCCUGGUUCCUGAAGAAUGCAACAUACAUCUGUCAGAGGGUGAAAAAGGUGUCCCACUCACACACCUUAAAGCAAAAAUGCCUUGAGAGUAUCUGCAAGUCUGUAUGA